CAUACGUCAAACCCACAUUUUAUAUCCAUACAUGAAAGAUGUUUUUCUGCCACACACUUUUCGGUAAAUCCUAAAGUUAAGAAACCAUGUUUGCUGUUGCGCGAAUUUUAGGAUCGGCAUCAUGCACCAGACCAUUUCAAUCACAGGUGCUCCGUCGAGAAAUUGUAAGAAAUUUACCGAGGCAAAAUUACCAAGGUAGAAAAAAAAAUAUUCUAUACAUAUUUCCACUCAAACGUGAAUUCUCCGACAAAUUCUCCGAGAAGGGCCGAGGCGAGGAACUUAACUAUGUUCUCAGGCUAGCCUCAGAGCAAUUCACGAAGAUAAAGAAGAACCGGAUUAAAGAAAUCGCCAGAGACAUCGAGAAAUUGGAAGAGGAGAUCAAGAGUUUGGAAAACAGAACCAGCCACCAAUCAAAGAAAAAUAAGGAGAUACUCAUAAAGGAGUUGAAAACACUAAAGGAGAUGCUGCAGCGAUUCAAAAAGAGUCUCGAAAAAUGAGCAGAACGAAAUGUAUCGAACGCAAAUUCCAAAUUAUUUCAAUAGGUUUUGGCUAGCCCCGUAAG